UGAAGUUACUCACUCCCUUGGCGCACCUUGUUUCGGUUGUGAACAGCUGUACCCGUUAUUCUAUGGAUCAGUGCGAGGUUUACUCAACUCGAGGCAGCGCUUUGGAAUCAGCAGUAACUUUACCAAGAAGCCAUGGAAAACUCAAACGGAACCAAGGGGACCUCAUGGAUGAUGCUGUAAAACUAUCUUCCAUCAAAGUUUCUCGACAUUCACCACCACCACCAGCUUCAGAUGGUCUGAUAGUAGUCAAUACGUCUGAAACAAACGCUAUGAGUGUUUUACCUCGUCUACUGCGAACGAUGACAAACAGAAAUUCUCAGGCAACUAACGGGAAUCGAUCUACCGUUGAAAAUAAUCAAAUUUCAAAUGGUGAAUUAAGCUUUUCAAUGUCUGUUCCACCGGGAUCAACAAUCAAUGAUUGUGAUUCUUCAUCCUCUUCUUCCUCUUUCAUUUCAAAUCCAUCUUCCGGUUCAUCUUUGAUUUCAUUUCUUUCUCCUGGACAUUUGGGACCUGUUGCUGCUAUGGCUGCUGUAGCUUUGUCAACUGCUGUAACUACAAUGUCUGUAAAUGAUAUCCAAGAAUCUUCAGGUUUAGUAACUUUAGCAACUGCUAGUAGCCUAAUUGAAAAAGAAUGGCGUGCACGUGCUUCAGUUGUCAAUAGCAACGAUAAUGUAAAUAAUGCAAAAGAACAAGCGGAAACUACGCUUGCUGUCCAACAUCAUACUGAUCUAUUAGCAUCUGCUAUACAAGCCAAUGUUGAUAGGAAUCAACAAUUCUCGUUGGAUGGUUCGCCUCCUUUAGUAAUCGGAGCUUUAAACACUCCAUCAUCACAAUCUUUAUUAAAUGAAUCGACCCCAGUGACUAGAGCUGUACUGAAUGUUCAAAGUUUAGCAGCUUUUAUUCGAGAAACUCAAAAACAAUGCUCUAUAUCAAGUCCAACUACAUCUAUUGAACUGCCAAUGACUCCAGUUUUUCCUUUACAAACUGAAACAAAAUUAACUCCUUCAUGUACUAUUAGACAAGUUGCUUCACCUUCUUAUCUCUUACCUACUGCAUCAACUCCAUCUUUUCUGUCUAUGACUCCGGUACCACAAAAUCUUCCAACUGUUUUAGAUCAACCUUUACAUUCAGAAUCAUUAACAUUAAAUCAUAAUCCACAUCCAUCACCACCGAUUCAAUCAACAGCAUUCAUAUCUUUACAACCUGCACCAGGUUCUAUAAUUAGUCCUUCGGAUUUACAACAGCUUGUAGCCAGUGGAGAGUUCAUGUCGUCAGCAGCUCGACAAACUUUACUUGGUCAGUCUUCUGAUGGAUCCACACGACAACUUUACCUGCUUGUACCAAGUGAUUGUCCUGUAAUCAUGCCAAGAGUUUCAAAUAAUCAACCAACUAUGACUCCUAUUCUACCAUCUACAUCUCCUUUAAUUGAAUCUAUUCCGACAAGUGCCCCGAUAUUGGAAGCUAUAUCUCCAGGUGUAGAACCUGAAGAAAAUUGUGUUCAAAUGCAAUCUGAAUCAUCAACAUGUAACAAUACACAGGCACCAACUUCCGUUUCACAUUUAGCAACUACAAUGCUUAAUCCAAUGAGCUCUGCAUCCACAACGGCAUUGUCUACUUUUCUGGCCGGUUUAGAAGCCAGGAAUCAUCAACCUAUGCAACAGAUUCAAUUAGGUGGGUUAUCUUUAUCUACAAUAGCAUCUUCACUGUCUUGUUCAUAUUCUAACUCUUCAUCAGCACACACUAUUAAAGAUUCAUUGGCUCCCAGUUGUUCAAAACUCAGAAUUCCACUUCCGACUUCCGGUCUUCCUAUUUCUGACAAUGGUUUAUUAUCCGUUGAAGAAAAUAUUUACCCAGUUACGAAUGACGCUAAGAACUCUAUUUUGGGUGUUAUAAAAAGUGAUCCUGAUAUGUACACUCCUAAUGGACAUACUUAUUCAUCUCUGGUAGAUGAAGCUACCCGGUUCAGAUCUUAUCCAACGUAUAAUCAACAAUUAUCGUCUCAUCAUCAUCAUCAUCAUCAAAAUAUACCAUCUCAUAAUACAACAACUGUCCAACGACAAUCUGUUCUAGCUGCUUCUACCACGUCAACUAGUUCUUUCUUUCAACAAGAUUCAUCAAAUUCUUUAUUAGUCAAUCAAACUUGUUCUGUACUACCACCAAGUAAUAAUAAUAAUAAUAAUAAUAUUGCAUCAAACAAUACCAAUACUACUAUUGCUUCUAAUACUAAUAGUAGUAGUAAUAAUAAUAAUAAUAACAAUAAUACUAACAAGGCAGAAGAAACAUUAACCAAUGGACAUUUUCAAUCAUCAUUGUCACAUUCAACUAUUCCACCAACUACUACAUUCACUGCUUCGUUAGCACCGAAUUCAGAUAAAACUCCACAGAUGCAAUCGUCGUCAUCAGUAACAGCAGCAGCAGCAGCAGCAUCGAAAUCUAACACUUCCGUAAAUGAAUGUCGCAGAAAUUCCGUAACAAACACAAUCAUAAAUACAUCAUCAACUAGUAACCGAUCAGAACAAGUCAAAGGCUCAACAACAUAUCUAGAACAUUUAAAUCCAGAAUCCAAAGAUAUAAGACGUCGUGUUAGCCAUAAUGAAGUUGAACGUCGACGUCGAGAUAGAAUCAAUACGUGGAUAAGUGAAUUGUACAAAUUAUUACCACCGGAUGAACAAACUAAAUCACAAUAUCAAAGUAAAGGUAUUGUAUUGAAACGUGUCUGUGAAUAUUUUCAAAAUGUGGAUAGUAUGCUGAAAGCAGCCAAUUCAGCGGUUGAGCAAAUUCGUGUAGAGAAUAGUAUUCUACGUCAACGUGUUCAUGAAUUACAACAAGAGAAUCAAUUAUUAUCUGCAUCAUUGCAAUUAGGCGCAGCUGCAGCAGCGGCACAUUUGAAAACUAGACAACCAUCUCGAUCUGGUUGUUCCUCAGCAUUGGCAUCCAUCAAUAUUAAUCAUACUAAUACUAAUACUACUACUACUAAUAACGCAAAUGAAGGGAAUAACAAUAAUACAACAACAACCACAGCAACACCUACAGGAGAUGGUGGAGGAAUGCUAGCUAAUAAUAAUAAUAAUAAUAAUCAUGAUCAUUGUACCAUAUUGAAAGAUUCCUUAGAGUUCACUGAUUAUCAAUCUCCGCUUACGGUAUUCACAGUCGAUACUAAUAAUAUGAAUUAUCAUAAUCAAAAUCACAAUAAUAAUAAUCCGUCUGUAAAUUUCAAUUCGAAUUGUUUAACUCCGACAAAUUCAUUGAACAACAACAAUACAACAACUACUCCUAAUAAUAAUAAUAACACUAAUCCAACAUGUUUUACCACAUCAUUAGCAUCGAUUAAUUCAAUUGGAGGAUUUCAUCUUUCUCAAAAUACUAUCUCAUCAUCAAAUUCCGAUUUAAUGAAUCAAGUAUUAUGUCCUUUAACUUUGCCUAGUUUAGAUCAUAUCACUAUGUCGCAUACAGAUAAUAAUAAUAAUAAUAAUAGUAGUAGUAGUACUACUUCUACAAAUACUACUAAUACUUGUUCUACCAAUACUGUUACUAACAAUAAUAAUAAUAGUACUACUACUUCUAAUCGAAUAUCAUGA